CCGGCACUUGGCGCACGCGUUCGACGCCUUUCUUUCCACUUUGCUGCCUUCGUUCUCUUUUCGCUAGGCGCGUGCAUGCUUCACCAGCCGCUGCCAGCGUAGCACAGAUCAACGCAAGGCGAAUCCAAUCGAGUCUACUUGCGACGUUGACAACUCCUGCGGUACGAAGGGGACAGGAAACGGCGAACGGCGAACGGCGAACCACUUAUUGGAUGGACUUGCCAAGACGACGACGACGACGACGUGCGAACAACAACUUUCAUCCCGACCACGACCGAUAGUGAGCGUCAACAAACUACACCGUUCGCCUCCUGGUUGCCCGUGUGAGCUCGCAGGUCGGGGGUAGGCAUGGCUUCCCACGAGGCGCCUCCUCCACCGCCGCCUCCACACGGGCAAAACCCCAGACCGCCGGGCGCUGGUCUGCCCAAUGGAAACUACGACAUCUUCAUUAUACCGCCACACUCGUCCGGUUCCGGUUUCCUGUAUCUUCCAUCCCUACAACCGCACCGGAAUAGCUUUCUCGCAGGAGUGGCAUGUACCCUGCUGGCAGUCGGCGUCUACACGCUGAUCACACCAGUGAUCAAGCAGUGGGCAGCUGUUGUCGCCCAGGGUGGUGGAGGACUCGGCGUCGUCGUGCUGGUCCUUGCCGUCGGCGUUGCAGCAUGGGCAUUUGGCAAGACUCAAGGUGAGAGUGGUAGCGGAUCGAAAUUCAAGUUUAGCGGGAAUGGAGGACCUGGUCCUGGUGCGAAAGGACAGCAUCAGCAUCAGUAUUCCGGACCACCACCUGAUUGGCAAGCGCCUCCACCACAACAACCUCCUCCUAAUCCUCAACCAGACCCAGAACAUCAACCCCCACCGCCUCCACCGCCUCCUCGACCUGAACCACAGCCUCAAUAUUCCGCUCCACCGCCACCCAAGCCAAGUGCCGCCCAGAGCGGUUGGGAGAAAGCAAGGGAGGAGACACGAAAGCGUGAAGAAGCGCGCAAGCGGGAAGAAGAGCUUAGGAAGAAACGCGAGGAGGCGCAAAAGGCGCGAGAAGAGGCAGAGAGGGCUGCAAAGGCCAAAGCAGAGAAAGAGAAGUGGGAGCAGGCACGUGCCAGAGAGAAGGAGACCAGAGAGCGAGAAGCACGAGAGCGCAUCGCGCGAGAGCGUCUUGAGAAGGAAAAAGCGCAGCGCGAGAAGGAGAAGACCGAACGUGAGCUGAAAGAGAAGGUCGAGAAGGAGAAGGUGGAAUGGGAGAAGAAACGUCAGGCAGAGAGAGAAAGGGCGGAGAAGGAGAAGAUGGAACGCAUAAGAGCAGCUGCAGCGGCCAGUGUAAAGUCCAGUCCAACCAAGCCCGCAAAAUCUCAGGCGGGAACGGAAGCUGGUCACUCGUACCGACCAUACGACACACCGAAGAGGACGGUCUAUACCGCUUCAUCAGCCUCAUCAAUCUCUGGUCUCAGCGAAACUAGCUACGCACCUAGUCAGAGUACUGCUCGGACCACACCACCUCCUUCACAUCGAGGACCCUACUCGACGAAGGAUCCUGAUAAAAUCCAGAUCAAAGCUGUCUACCUCUUCAGCGACAGCUUCCCCAACAAACCGAUAUCUCAAUUGGUCGCGAAUCAGCCUCCUGUAAGCGAUGGUCUGAUCCUGCACAUCAAGACUGAAGGUCUGUUCAUCGACGAUGAUGUUCGUGGCGUCCCACAACGAGAAUGGGAUGUCAAGGCCUGGACGUUGAAGCUCGUCGAAGAUGGCGCGACCAAAACCCUUGCUGGAAAGCCUCUGCACGUCCUCAGAGCCACGACCAGAGACACCGAGAACAAGAAGUACACCUUUGUGCUUGAUGAGAGUGAGGCCUGGAAGGUGGCAAUCGGUCUGCAGAGAUUAAAGAAAGGAAGUCAAGUCAGAUCCUUGGGAAUGAAUGGUAUGAAGGAUACUGAGAUUAAGAAUGUGUUGUUGGGAUUGGGGUGGCUUUGAGAGCUGUUUUUGUUUUGCACUGGAAUGCUGCGGUUGAGCGACGAGAUAUCCAAUGACGCGAUGCAUUAGCGACUGGCGUUUCGACAGACGGAAAAUGCCGAUUGAUGGGUGUUGUCGUGGCUCUCAUGAAUUGAUGGAUUAGUGUAGUUCAUAACCCAUUUGUACAGAUUCCUGUACAUACAAAGCCGGAAAUGGCAGUCAGUUUUGAAAG